AUGGGUCGAUCUCCUUGCUGUGAGAAACAGCACACCAACAAAGGGGCAUGGACAAAGGAAGAAGACGAACGCCUUGUUAACUACAUCAAACGACAUGGUGAGGGGUGUUGGAGAUCCCUUCCUAAAGCUGCAGGUUUACUUAGGUGUGGAAAAAGCUGCAGACUUAGAUGGAUAAACUAUCUCCGGCCGGAUCUUAAACGAGGAAAUUUCACUCAAGAGGAAGAAGAAUUCAUCAUCAACCUCCAUAGCUUACUUGGAAACAAAUGGUCUCUUAUUGCUGCACGAUUGCCAGGGAGAACAGAUAAUGAAAUCAAGAACUAUUGGAACACACACAUAAAAAGAAAACUCCUCAACCGCGGAAUUGAUCCUCAAACACACAGACCACUCAACUCAACAACAAAGACACCAAAGCCGGACGCAGAAAUCUCGAUUAGCAACCAAGAAAACAAUCUAAGACAAUUCUCAGAUAUAGCUCAAACGUUUUCCUUGCACCCAACCAAUGCAUCAGAAGAUCAGGUCAUGAAAAACUGUAUCAGUUUUAAGGUUGAAAAUGAUUCAGCAGAAGAGUUAAAUGGCAGCAGUGUAUCGUCUGAGGAAUUACAACCACAAAUUAACCUGGAACUCUCCAUUAGUCUACACAAAUCAUUUGGAAAAUCUGGUAUCAAAUUGAAGCAAGAAAAACAACAAUUUGAAGACCAAACCUUUGGACCAUUAUUGUCUCCUCCAAGUGUUAUACAGUCUGGGUGUUUGUGUUACAAUUUAGGGUUUCAGAAUGGGAAUGCUUGUAAUUGUAAAUCCAUGAAAAAUGUGACUACAUUGAUGAUAUGUAGAGAUAUUAUAGACCCUUGA